GCUGACGAUUCCCGUAUUACACUUUUUUCUUCUAUCAAAUAAAUUCUCUUUCUUUCUUUUUACUUUAUUUAUACAUUUGCAUCUUGUGUUCCUUGAUCAAACGCACGUGCAAUUAAUUCAAUCAAAUCAAGUUCGUUGUCAUUUCUGCAUAGACCAGUUUAAGAUUUUUUAUACAAGAUCUUCCCUAUCUCUAAAUUAAAAGCUAUAUCCUUCUAUAAAAAGCCUCGCUUCUCUUAACUGAUAAACAUAUUCUUUAAAAUGGCAUCAAACAUCCCAGUUCCUCCUGCUACUUCUGCUCCUAUCAUUAAUUCUAUUCUCGGUGCUCACAUUACAGCUCCCGCUGCUAAUGCUACACCUAUCAGCCGUUCUCCUCGUUCUCCUUCUGCUCCUCAUCGCCCUGCUGCUGCCUUGGAGGAUCCCAAGGACGUCACUACUGCUGCACUUGUCUUGAAGGAUGGAACUAGCUUCCAGGGUAUUUCAUUUGGUUCAGAAACAAAGAGUAUUUCCGGUGAAUGUGUCUUCCAAACUGGUAUGGUUGGUUACCCCGAGUCUCUGACCGAUCCUUCUUACCGAGGCCAAAUCUUGGUUGUUACUUUCCCUUUGGUUGGUAACUAUGGUGUUCCUUCUCGUUCUGAAAUGGACGAGUUGCUCAAGGAUCUCCCCAAGAGAUUUGAAUCUAACCAGAUUCAUGUUGCUGGUUUGAUUGUGGGCAGUUAUUCUACUGACUACUCUCACUAUCUUGCUGAUUCAUCUCUUUCUACUUGGUUGAAGGAAAACGACGUUCCUGCUUUGUACGGUAUUGAUACUCGUGCUAUGACCAAGAAGAUCAGAGAAGAUGGUGUUACUUUGGCCAAGAUUUUAUUCCCUAAGAAGACUACUAGCGCCCUUGAAAAUGCUGCUUCUGCUCUUGGUCUUUCUUCUGGUGCUGAAGUCCCUGAAACUGAACGUUGGAAGAAGAAUUACGAAGACGUUGAAUGGGUUGAUCCCAAUGAUCGUAACUUGGUUGCUGAAGUUUCUAUCAAGGAACCCAAGAUCUACUAUCCUGAUCCCGCUAAUGCCAUCAAGACUCCCUCUGGCCGUACUAUGCGUGUUAUUGCUGUUGAUAUUGGUAUGAAAUACAACCAAAUUCGUUGUUUCGUCUACCGUGGUGUUGAACUUAAGGUUGUUCCUUGGGAUUAUGACUUUAGUGCUGAACCUGUUGAUGCCUUUGAUGGUCUUUUCCUUUCCAACGGUCCUGGUGACCCAACUACCAUUCAACUCACUAUCAAUAGAGUCCGCGAAUACAUCAACAACAUCAAGAAACCCAUCUUUGGUAUCUGUUUGGGUCAUCAAGUUAUGGCUCUUGCUGCUGGUGCCAAAACCAUGAAGAUGAAGUAUGGUAACCGUGGUCACAACAUCCCUUGUACUAGUAUGAUCUCUGGUCGCUGUUACAUCACUUCUCAAAACCAUGGUUAUGCUGUUGAUGCCUCUACUCUUCCUGAAAACUUCCAAGAACUCUUUGUCAAUGCUAACGACGGUUCCAACGAAGGUUUGAUUCACAAGACUUUGCCCAUCUUCUCUGUUCAAUUCCACCCUGAAUCUACUCCUGGCCCUCGUGAUACUGAAUUCUUGUUUGAUGUCUUUAUCAACAACAUCAAGGAAUGUCUUGAAAAGAACACCUUGGUUCCUGUUAGCUUGCCCGGUGGUACCAAGGCUGAAAAUGUCAAGAAGAACCCUCGUGUUCAUGUUGAAAAGGUUCUUGUCUUGGGUUCUGGUGGUUUGUCUAUUGGUCAAGCUGGUGAAUUUGAUUACUCUGGUUCUCAAGCUAUCAAGGCCUUGAAGGAAGAAGGUAUCUACACCAUCUUGAUUAACCCCAACAUUGCCACUAUUCAAACAUCCAAGGGUUUGGCUGAUAAGGUUUACUUCUUGCCUGUCACUCCUGAUUUUGUUCGCAAGGUUAUUGAGUUUGAAAGACCUGAUGGUAUCUACUGUACUUUUGGUGGUCAAACUGCCUUAAGUGUUGGUAUUGCUCUUAAGGAUGAAUUCGAAGGUCUUGGCGUCAAGGUACUUGGUACUCAAAUCGACACUGUCAUUACUACUGAAGAUCGUGAUUUGUUUGCUCAAGCCUUGUACGAAAUCAACGAAAAGUGUGCUCCUUCUGCUUCUGCAGUCACUGUUGAUGAGGCCAUUGCCGCGGCUAAAGACAUUGGCUACCCCGUCAUUUGUCGUGCUGCUUAUGCCCUUGGUGGUCUUGGUUCUGGUUUUGCCGAUAAUGAGAAGGAAUUGGUCGAACUCUGUAACAAGGCUUUUGCUACUUCUCCUCAAGUCUUGAUUGAAAAGUCCAUGAAGGGUUGGAAGGAAAUCGAAUACGAAGUUGUUCGUGAUUGUCAAGACAACUGUAUCACUGUCUGUAACAUGGAAAACUUUGAUCCUCUUGGUAUCCACACUGGUGAUUCUAUUGUCGUUGCUCCUUCUCAAACUCUUUCUGAUGAAGACUACAACAUGCUUCGUACCACUGCUGUUAAUGUCAUUCGUCACUUGGGUGUUGUUGGUGAAUGUAACAUUCAAUAUGCCUUGAACCCCUUCUCCAAGGAAUACUGUAUUAUUGAAGUCAAUGCUCGUCUUUCUCGUUCUUCUGCCCUUGCCUCUAAGGCUACUGGUUACCCUCUGGCCUUUGUUGCUGCCAAGCUUGGUUUGGGUAUUCCUUUGAACGAAGUUUCCAACAGUGUUACCAAGGUCACUUGUGCCUGUUUCGAACCUUCUUUGGAUUACUGUGUUGUCAAGAUUCCUCGUUGGGAUCUCAAGAAGUUCAACCGUGUCAGCACUGCUCUUUCUUCCUCUAUGAAGUCUGUUGGUGAAGUUAUGGCCAUCGGUCGUACCUUUGAAGAAACUAUGCAAAAGGCCAUUCGUGCCAUUGAUUACAACCUUGUUGGUUUUGAUGCUUCUGACUUGAUCAAUGAAGAAGAUAUUGAUUACGAACUUACUCAUCCUUCUGAUCAACGUUUGUUUGCUAUUGCUAACGCUAUGAAGAAGGGCUACACUGUUGACCGUAUCUGGGAAUUGACUAAGAUUGACAAAUGGUUCUUGAACAAGUUGAUGCGUAUUCACAACCUUGGUGAACGUCUUACUGGUUUCACCAAGGCUAAUGUUCCUGGUAACUUGAUUCGCUCUGCCAAGCAACUCGGUUUCUCUGAUCGUCAAAUUGCCAAUAAGCUCAAUAGUAACGAAUUGGCUGUUCGUAAGCUCCGUCAAGAAUUCGGUGUCACACCAUUUGUCAAGCAAAUCGAUACUGUUGCUGCUGAAUUCCCUGCUUUUACAAACUACUUGUACAUGACCUACAAUGCUAUUGAACACGAUAUUAGCUUUGAAGACAAUGGUGUUAUGGUCUUGGGUUCUGGUGUCUACCGUAUUGGUUCAUCUGUUGAAUUCGAUUGGUGUGCUGUCCGCUCCAUUCGUACUCUUCGUGAAAAGGGUAUCAAGACCGUCAUGGUUAACUACAACCCUGAGACUGUUUCUACCGAUUAUGAUGAAGCUGAUCGUCUCUAUUUCGAAAACAUCAACUUGGAAAGAGUUUUGGAUAUUUAUGAAAUUGAAAGGUCUUCUGGUGUUAUGAUGUCCAUGGGUGGUCAAACACCUAACAACAUUGCUUUGCCCUUAUACCGUCAAAACGUCAAGGUGCUUGGUACUUCUCCUGAAAUGAUUGAUAAUGCUGAAAACCGUUACAAGUUCUCUCGUAUGUGUGACAACAUUGGCGUUGAUCAACCUCUUUGGAAGGAAUUGACUAGCUAUGAAGAAGCUGAAGUCUUCUGUGCUAAGGUUGGCUACCCUGUCCUUGUUCGUCCUUCUUAUGUCCUUUCUGGUGCUGCCAUGAAUGUUGUCUCUUCCAAGGACGAUCUUGAAUCUUACCUUAAAGAAGCUGCUGCUGUUUCUCGCGAUUACCCUGUUGUUAUUUCCAAAUACAUUGAAGACGCCAAGGAAAUCGAAAUGGAUGCUGUUGCCUUGGACGGUAAAUUGAUCAUGCACGUUGUCUCUGAACACGUCGAAAAUGCAGGUGUUCAUUCAGGUGAUGCCACUUUGAUCUUGCCUCCUCAAGACUUGGACCCCGAAACUGUUCGUAAGAUUGAAGAAGCUACUGCCAAGAUUGGUCGUGCCCUUAACAUCACUGGUCCUUUCAACAUUCAAUUCAUUGCCAAGAACAAUGAAAUCAAGGUUAUCGAAUGUAAUGUUCGUGCUGCUCGUUCCUUCCCCUUCGUCUCCAAGGUCCUUGGUGUCGAUUUGGUUGAAAUGGCUACCACUGCUAUGUUGGGUCUUCCUGUUGCACCUUAUCCCAAGAUCAGCAUCCCUGAAGAUUAUGUUGGUAUCAAGGUACCUCAAUUCUCUUUCAGUCGUUUGUCUGGUGCCGAUCCUGUCUUGGGUGUUGAAAUGGCUUCUACUGGUGAAGUUGCUUGUUUCGGUAAAGAUAAGUACCAAGCCUACAUGAAGGCCUUGUUGGCUACUGGCUUCUCUCUUCCCAAGAAAAACAUCUUGCUCUCUAUUGGUUCUUACAAGGAGAAGAUGGAAAUGUUGCCUGCUGUUCGUAAAUUGCAUGAACUUGGCUACACCCUCUUUGCUACUACAGGUACUGCCGAUUUCAUUUCUGAACACAACAUUCCUGUGAAGCAUCUUGAUCUUUUGGAUGGCGAAGACAAACUUAAGGCUGAAUACUCUCUUCAACAACACUUGUCCAACAACAUGAUUGACUUGUACAUCAACUUGCCUUCCAGAAACCGUUUCCGUCGUCCUGCUUCCUACAUGUCUAAGGGUUACCGUUCUCGUCGUAUGGCUGUUGACUACUCCAUUCCUCUCUUGACUAAUGUCAAGUGCGCCAAGUUGUUUGUCGAGGCUCUUGCACGUAAGAAGGACUUUGAAAUCCUCGGUGUUGAUUUCAAGAGCAGCAGCUCCACUGCUACUCUUCCUGGUCUUUUCAACAUCAAUACUUUCUUGCCUUCUACUGACGAUCUUGCUGAAGUUACCAAGGCUUCUCUCAAGUCUGGUUUGACCACUGUUUCUGCUGUCUGUGACGAUAUCAAGGAUGCUUCUUCUCUUGAGACCAUGAGCAGUGCAGCCAAGAAAAACUCUGCCGUUGACUACUUGUUGAGUAUCACUGCUACUGCUGAAAACGCUGACAAGCUUGAUGAUGUCGCUUCUUCCGCUGCUGCUGUCUAUAUCAACACAGACAAGAUUGGUGGUGGUAAUGUCUCUGUCUUUGACUCUGUCUUUGAUUCCUGGCCUAGCGAUCAAAUCAUGAUUACUGAAGCCAAGGGUACUGAUCUUGCUUCCAUCUUGUUGCUUGCUUCUAUCCAUAACCGUGUCAUUCACGUCUCCAACGUAACCCACAAGGAUGAUUUGGCUUUGAUUGAGAUGACCAAGAGCAAGGGUUUGAAGGUGACCUGCGAUGUUUCCAUCUACUCUCUUUUCCUCAACACCACUCAAGUUGAAUCCAAGUUGUUGCCCUCUACUGCUGACCAAGAAGGUUUGUGGAAGAAGUUGAAGGUCAUUGACUGUUUCUCUCUCGGUUCUACUCCUUCUAAGCUCGAUGGUACUCCUUCUGCUGGUAUUGCUGAAGCCUUGCCUUUGCUUUUGACUGCCGUCUCUGAAGGCCGCUUGACUAUUCAAGACAUUAUUGAGCGUAUGAACGAGAACCCCAGACGCAUCUUUGGUCUCAUAAGCCAACCUGAUACUUACAUUGAAGUUGAAUUGGAUCGUAGCAAGGUCUGGAACACUGGUGUUCUUGCUGGCAAAAAGACUCAAGGUAUUGUCAGCCGUGUUGUAAUCAAUGGCGUUACUGUCUUUAUGGAUGGUGUCAUGAGAGUUAAUGAUAUUUUGGGUCGUGAUCUUUCUGUUCAAGCCAAGGCUGCUGAAGAAAGUAUCUCCAAGAAGACCGAUAGUGCUGCUUCUGCUGCUGCUGCUAACAGCGCCGCUGCUGCCAGCAACUUGACUGAUGUACCUGAAACUGCUCCUGAAAGAAAGUCUAUUCAACCUUUCGAUCCGAUCAAAUUGGCUGGUGCUAGUGAUCAACAACUUGUUCCUUUCACUUUACCUAGCUAUGAAAUCUCUGCUUCUCUUGCUCGUGUUGUCAGCCGAUCUCCCUUCUACCGCAAGCAUAUCUUGCGUUCCAAACAAUUUGAUCGUAGUGAUCUCCACUUGUUGUUUGGCGUCGCUCAUGAAAUGCGUAACUUGGUUGAGCUCUAUGGCUCUAUCAAUUUGUUGCAAGGUCGUGUCAUGAGUACCAUGUUCUUUGAACCUUCUACUCGUACUUCCAGUUCUUUCGAGGCUGCCAUGUACCGUUUGGGUGGUAAGGUUGUCUCUGUUACUGCCUCUACCUCUUCUGUUCAAAAGGGUGAAUCUCUUGCUGAUACUGUCCGUACUCUCGGCUGUUACUCUGAUGUGAUUAUCCUUCGUCACCCUCAACCUGGAUCUGCUCAAAUUGCUGCCAAGUACUCCAAGGUUCCUAUUAUUAACGCUGGUGAUGGUAUUGGUGAACACCCUACUCAAGCCUUCUUGGAUGUCUUUACUAUUCGUGAAGAACUCGGUACUGUCAAUGGUUUGACUAUCACACUCGUAGGUGAUUUGAAGAAUGGUCGUACUGUCCACUCUUUAGUCAAGAUCUUGGCCUACUACCAAGUCACUAUCAACUAUGUCUGCCCUGACUCUUUGUCUAUGCCUAAGGAUGUGAUGGAAGAAGUAGCUGCUGCUGGUAUCAAGCAAAACGUCUAUGCUUCUCUUGAUGAAGUCAUUGGUUCUACUGAUGUCUUGUACAUGACCCGUGUUCAAAAGGAACGUUUCAGUACUGAAGAAGAAUAUCUCCGUGUCAAGGAUGCCUUUAUCUUGAACAAUGAUGUCUUGAGUAAGGCCAAGUCUCAAAUGAUUGUGUUGCAUCCUUUGCCUCGUGUGAAUGAAAUCGAACCUGAAGUUGACUUUGACCAAAGAGCUGCUUACUUUAGACAAAUGCGUUAUGGUCUUUAUGUCAGAAUGGCCUUGUUGGCUCUUGUCAUGGGUACUCUUCGCGGUUAAAUCACUUAUAUAUAUAUAUACAUAGUUUACACACCUAUACAUACUUAUGCGUCGUUUUUUUUUUAUCUUAAUAAAUUGUUUAAAAAGCGGAAACUUUAAACUUGUUAAGAUGUUAGUAAUCACUUUUUAACAUGGAAUAAGUACUUUCCGCUAAAUGCAUCGUUUCUUGUGU